UGUAUUUGAUGUGCGGCUGUUAGUGUUGCGACGUAUCCGAAGCACAGUAACUUGCAAGCAAAAUAAUUUAUUUUGAAAAAAAAAAAAAAAAAAAACGAGUUAAAGCAAUAAAAAAUGGACGACCAGGGCUGUCCGCGAUGCAAAACUACCAAAUACAGGAACCCGUCUCUGAAACUAAUGGUUAAUGUCUGUGGACAUACACUAUGCGAAAGCUGUGUGGAAAUGCUGUUUAUCCGGGGCUCUGGAAACUGCCAGGAGUGUGACACCCCGCUCAGGAAAAACAACUUCCGGGUUCAGCUUUUCAAAGACCCUACAGUAGACAAGGAAGUGGAAAUCCGUAAGAAAGUCUUAAAGAUAUACAAGAAUGAUUGUAAUUUCCCCGGUCUCAGAGAAUACAAUGACUAUCUUGAACUGAUUGAAGAAAUUGUUUACAACCUUACACAUAAUAUGGACCUAGAGAACACAAAGCAGAUGAUGGAGCAGUACCAGAGAGAGAACAAAGAAAUCAUUCAAAAGAACAAAAUCAAAUUGACUCGGGAGCAGGAGGAGCUGGAGGAGCUGCUGGCUAUGGAGAGGCAGGAGAAUGAGCAGAGAAGACUGCUGCAGAUCAAGGAGGAAAAGCGGCAGGUCCUGGCCAAGAAGAAGAACAAGCAGGCGCUGCUGGAUGAGCUGGAAAGCUCCCAGCUGCCUGCCACCUUGCUGUUGGCUCAGCACAAGGAUCGCGCCGCCCAGCUAGAGGCCGAGUUGGAAAAACAGCGGCAGAUCGUCAAGCCCACCACCUUCUCUACUGGAAUCAUGAUGGGACAGAAGAUCUCAUUGCAGCCUGUGCCCAAGAUUGAAGAGGUCCUGUAUUUGUAUAAGCCUAUACAUGUGGAGACAUACGGACCCCCACUUCCAGACCUGGAGAAUCUAGGAAGGUUUGGAUACCUGAACCAUGUGCGUGCAGCAUCCCCACAAGACCUGGCAGGGGGCUACACCUCCAACCUUGCCUGUCACCGCGCCUUGCAGGAUGCAUUCAGUGGACUCUUCUUACAGUCUGUGUAGUUUACUUUACAAGAUCAAUACAGACUACAGGAAAGCAGCUGGAGUGAAUUACGACAGUGCAUUACCACUUUCAACUGAUUCCUUGAACAUCCAUAAAUAUGCAAAAAAAAAUAAAAGUAAAGGUGGAUUAGUAUGGGUUUUUACUUUUAAAAUUGUGGCGCAUAUUCUUGGUAUCUAAGAAUAGAUUGCGUUUCCUAUUUUUUUUUAUUUUAAAUAAACUAUUGUACAAACAGCACAGUG